CCUUCCUCCCCCUUCCCCCCUAUAUAUUUCCCCUCGGUCCCUUGCGCAUUAAGUUUCACAAAAUCCCCCAAAAUUUCCCCAAUUUUCAAGAUUAUAAAAACAUCGAAAAAAUGUCAGCCGUUGAUCUGCAGCUGCCGCCGGGAUUCCGAUUUCACCCAACCGACGACGAGCUAGUGACGCACUACCUCUGCCGGAAAUGCGCGUCGCAGCCGAUCGCCGUCCCAAUCAUCGCCGAGAUCGAUCUCUACAAGUACGACCCGUGGGAGCUCCCAGGGCUGGCACUGUACGGCGAGAAGGAGUGGUACUUUUUCUCGCCGAGGGACCGGAAGUACCCAAACGGGUCGAGGCCGAACCGGGCGGCGGGCCGGGGGUACUGGAAGGCGACCGGGGCGGAUAAGCCUAUCGGGCGGCCAAAGCCGGUCGGGAUAAAGAAGGCACUGGUUUUCUACGCCGGCAAGGCGCCGAAGGGGGAGAAAACCAAUUGGAUCAUGCAUGAGUACCGGCUUGCCGAUGUAGACCGGUCGGCCCGGAAGAAGAACAACAGCCUAAGGCUGGACGACUGGGUGCUGUGCCGCAUUUACAACAAGAAGGGCGCCAUCGAGCGGCAGCCGCCGACGCCGGAGGGGCACGCCACCAGCCACGACGUGGCGAGCGCGCUGACGUCGGAGGAUACCAAGCCCGUCAUCCUGACGUCAUUCCCGGAGCCGAUGCCUAUGAUGUACGAGGAUUUAAAGUAUCUCCGCGCGCCGGGCGCCGCCGCCGCCGGAUCAGCCUCCUCGGAGCACGUGCUGUCGCCGGAGGUCGAGAGCGCGCCGAAUCUGGGCGAAUGGGGGAGCUCGGCGCUCGAAUUCCCGUUCGACUGUGUGGGCGCCGGCGCCGGCGCGCUGGUGGGGUCGCAGUUUGCCGGCGGCUAUCAGAUGGAGCCGAUGAGCGAGGUGUACGCGUACAUGACCAAGCCGUUCUGAAGGAGGUGGGCGGAUACGCGGCUCGGCGGCGCGUGGCACAGGAGACUUUUAGUUAGGUCUAUGACUGUGCACGUGCGAGUCGGAGCGUGGAUGCUACGUGCAGUAUCGUUGAGUGUGUGUUCGUAUAGUUGUUUUUGUCUUUAAAUUAAUUUUGUAUCAGAUUUAAUUAUUUUGGAGCAGAGUGCAGUCUUUUUUUUUUCCCUCUUUUUUUGUUUUUUUUUCUUGUCUUGUGGUCUUUCCUUGUUUCAAGUUAUAAUCAAUGAAAAUGCGUAUUUAUGAA